GUGUUCUCUGUUUACUUUAGUCAGGUGGUGAAUUCUAAAGCAGAUCAUAAUAAAUGGAGCUCCAGGAAAAAGUACCCGUGUCGAUAUUUACAGAUGUAGACAAGGACGUGUUUCUGCGAGAGAUUUAUCCAAAGCGCAGACCAGCCGUGCUGAGAGGGGUGUCUCUCGGUCCCUGCCUGGAAAAGUGGACCGCUGAAUAUCUUGGACAGAAAGGUGGAGACAAGGAAGUGAAGAUCCACGUGUCCACUGUGCCACAGAUGGACUUUCUUCACAAAAACUUUGCGUACAGGACGCUGCCAUUCAGUGAGUUUGUGAAAAGGGCAUCUGAACAAAAACACUCCGACUUCUUCCUGUCUGAGGAUGAGAGCUAUUAUCUUCGAUCACUUGGAGAGGAUGUACGAAAGGAACCUGCUGAUCUGAGCAAACAGUUCCCAGACUUGGCCGAGGAUUUUCACAUCCCACAGUUCUUUGCACCGGACCAGUUUUUCUCCAGUGUCUUCCGGAUCAGCUCCUGCGGCCUGCAGCUGUGGACGCACUACGACGUGAUGGAUAACCUGCUGGCUCAGGUGACGGGGAUGAAGAGGGUGGUUCUCUACAGCCCCCAGGAUGCAUUGCACCUCUACCUGUCAGGUGAUAAAUCAGAGGUCGUGGACAUCGACUCCCCGGACCUGAAACGGUUCCCUGACUUUGUGAAGGCAAAGAGAUACGAGUGUGUGCUGGAGCCUGGAGAUCUGCUUUUCAUCCCUGCACUGUGGUUCCAUAACACCGUGGCUCUGCAGUUUGGUGUGGGUGUAAAUGUGUUCUGGCGCCAUCUACCUGCUGACAGCUAUGACAAAAAGGACCCCUAUGGUAAUAAAGACCCUGUGGCUGCAGCUCGAGCCCUUCAGGCACUGGAGAGAGCUCUACACACUCUGGAUGAGCUCCCAGCAGAUUAUCGGGACUUUUACGGUCGGCGUAUGAUACAGCGCAUCCAAAAGCGGACGUACUGCGACAGUCUGACGAGCACAGCGAUGCAGGAGGACGCCGACGGUACGUUACCCAGCGGUCAGUUCACCAAACCUGGAUGAUUUGUCCAGAGAAAACUGGAGUAACUAAUAAAACACCUGUUGCACUUACGCUGUUGACUGUGAUCAUAACAGAGUGUGUGAAGUUUGGAUAAACUUGGGUUUGACCUGACAAGAAAACAUCAACAUGGGAGAGGGAUUAAUGGCCUUCGUGUCUCCGUCAAUAUACUUUUCUUUCUGAGAAGUUCCCGGGAUGCAGGUUUCCUCAAAAUCUGCAAGGCAGCUUUUUUGGCUAAUACAUAGCAUCACAAAGAACACCAAUGCUUUUUUGUUGCAUUUGCAAAAAUGCAUUUGCAGAAAUGCUGUUGCUAUUUUAAGAGUCAGAGUUUCUUCAACAGAAGGUGAGUUUCCAGCUGCAGCAGGGCUCCGUCCCUCCGUUUCUUUCAUAGAAGGAAAAUAUAUUUCUGCUCUUCACUUAAAAUAUUUAUCUUGAAGUAUUCUUUAAGAGAUUUCUCCCCAUGUAUUGUUUGUUAUGAAAAGACUCAUUGAAACAUUUUUUUUCAGUAAAUCUUUCC